UCAAUUUUUGUAAAAUCGAAUUGUUGGAACUGAUGUAUGAAAAUACAUAUUUCGUGAAAAUUUAGACUAGCCGUUAAUAUAAUCCAACUCAAAGAUGCCGGCUGCCGCAGUUGGGAAGCCGGGGAGCAGUCCCACAAAGACGAUGUUCAAUAACAUGACCGGCUUUAGCACGCUGAUCACAGUGACCGUGUUGUCAUUGGCUUGGUUGGCCGGUUUCGCAUCCCGGCUUUUCGCUGUUAUACGUUUCGAGAGCAUUAUUCACGAGUUUGAUCCGUGGUUCAACUACCGGAGUACCGCUUAUAUGGUGGAGCAUGGGUUUUACAACUUCUUGAACUGGUUCGACGAACGAGCAUGGUACCCGCUGGGGCGUAUAGUCGGGGGCACCGUUUACCCUGGACUUAUGAUUACAUCAGGGACUAUACAUUGGGUUCUGCAUGCCUUGAACAUUCCUAUCCAUAUCAGAGAUAUUUGUGUGUUCCUGGCUCCUGUAUUCAGUGGUUUAACAGCCAUAGCAACCUACCUACUGACGUCUGAGCUAUGGUCUCGUGGAGCUGGUCUAUUUGCAGCUUGCUUCAUAGCAAUAAUUCCUGGCUACAGCAGCCGCUCCGUAGCUGGCAGUUAUGACAAUGAGGGCAUAGCCAUCUUUGCUUUGCAAUUCACCUACUAUUUGUGGCUAAAGAGUGUGAAAACUGGAUCAAUUUUCUGGUCUGUCUGUACUGCACUGUCCUACUUUUACAUGGUGUCAGCAUGGGGUGGCUACGUAUUUAUAAUCAACCUGAUCCCCCUGCAUGUAUUUGUGCUGCUUAUCAUGGGCCGGUUCUCUCAAAGAUUGUUUGUCAGCUACACCAUCUUUUACAUCAUCGGACUGCUGUGUUCGAUGCAGAUUCCAUUUGUUGGAUUCCAACCAAUUCGGACUAGUGAGCAUAUGGCUGCUUCUGGUGUGUUUGCCCUAUUAAUGGCAGUGGGUGCCCUUAAAUACAUACACAGCCUGAACCCGAAGGGCCAAUGGAAGAAACUGCUCAUAGUGGGAGGUCUAAUCGCUGCCGGUGUUGUGUUUUUAGUCGUCGUUCUGCUUACUUAUUUGGGAGUCAUUGCGCCAUGGAGUGGACGGUUCUACUCUCUCUGGGAUACGGGGUACGCUAAGAUCCAUAUCCCGAUCAUUGCAUCAGUGUCAGAGCAUCAACCCACGACCUGGUCUUCCUUCUUCUUCGACCUUCACGUCCUUGUCUGUACCUUCCCAGUUGGAUUGUGGUACUGCAUUAAGAAUAUUAACGAUGAGAGGGUUUUUGUGGCCCUUUACGCGCUGAGCGCUGUAUACUUCGCGGGAGUGAUGGUUCGGCUGAUGCUCACAUUGACUCCUGUAGUAUGCGUGUUGGCUGGUAUCGCUUUUUCCAUUCUGCUGGAUCUCGUUUUGAGAGAGGAUGAUGCGACUGUCCCGCUUGUUGAGAGCGAGGAAUCGAAGAAUCUAUUUGACAAAGCCGGAAAAGUAAAGAAGCGCUCCCAUUCUCCCCCGCCGGCUCCGACCGACUCAGGACUCGGUAUGAACGUCCGUUCGGGUACACUAAUCGCCUUCAUGAUACUGCUCAUGCUGUUUUCCGUGCACUGUACCUGGGCCACUUCUAACGCGUAUUCAAGCCCUAGCAUUGUGCUUGCUAGCUAUGGCAGCGAUGGAUCUCGCCGAAUCCUUGAUGAUUUCCGAGAAGCGUAUGGCUGGCUGUCACAAAACACCGCUGAAGAUGCCAGAGUUAUGUCUUGGUGGGAUUAUGGAUAUCAGAUUGCAGGAAUGGGUAAUCGUACAACUUUAGUAGACAAUAAUACUUGGAAUAAUUCCCACAUCGCACUAGUCGGCAAAGCGAUGGCGAGCAACGAAAGUGCAGCAUACGAUAUAAUGACUGCGUUAGAUGUAGAUUAUGUGCUCGUAAUAUUUGGAGGCGCCAUUGGGUAUUCCGGAGAUGAUAUUAACAAGUUUAUUUGGAUGGUGCGAAUUGCUGAGGGGGAACAUCCGAAGGAUAUCCACGAAGCCGACUAUUUUACAGAGAGAGGAGAAUACAGAAUAGAUGCUGAGGGUUCGAAGAUUAUGUUAAAUUGCCUAAUGUACAAAUUAUCCUAUUAUAGAUAUGAUAGCGGAGGGAGUCCAUCGGGGUAUGAUAGGACGCGCGGUGCGUUGCCGGGCAAUCGAGGCUUCAGCUUGACCUACCUCGAGGAAGCAUACACUACCGAGCAUUGGCUCGUUAGAAUAUACAGGGUUAAAAAACCAGAAGAGUUCAACCGUCCUCGUAUACCACUUGCAAAGAGAACGGUACCUUCGAGCAAAUCUUUGUCUAAAAAGAGCGAGUUAGGAGGUGGCUCGACGGUAUAGUACAGUACGCUGAAAAGAAGAAAAGGUUUGUUGAAGAACAAACCUACGAUUGUGAAAGGCAAGAAGGUGACGCGAUUGGAGUGACGACGACAUCCGGCGGCGAUCCGCGCGCGCACCACCCGCGUAAGGCACAUGAGAUGAAUGGUCCAAAAUCAGUGGUAAAAUGUAACAGGGCUCUUUUGAUUAUUCCCACAAACUACCUAUUUUGUUUUUAUACUUUGUUAACAAUUUUAUUCAUGAUUCUGUGUAGAUUUGUAGUUUUGCGUUGUAGUUGUGUAGACCUUAGAAGGGCGUGUGAGGAAAUAACUGUCAACAUAGUAAUAUGAUCUGAACGACGUUAUAUGUGCUCUAAUGAGUGGACCACAGAUCGCACAUGACAACUUAUAUAGUAUUAUCUCAAAAACUGCGUUAUAUUAUAUUUUAUCUCAAA